AUGUUUGGUCGUUCCCUCGUCAAGCAGGCUGCCGCCCCUGCCCUCCGCUCCAUCGCCGCCAAGCGCACCAUCACCACCUCGCCCAUCGCCCUCUCCGACAAGCUCUUUGUGCACCGCGACACCUCAGACAACAAUGCCAACGUCAAGUUCGAAUUCACUGCCGAGAACAUGGAGCGCGCAAAGGAGAUCAUGGCCAAGUACCCCCCUCAGUACAAGAAGGGUGCCAUCAUGCCCCUUCUCGACCUCGGUCAGCGUCAGCUCGGAUGGACCUCCUUGCCCGUCAUGAACACUGUCGCCAAAAUGGUCGAGGUUCCUCCUAUGCGUGUCUAUGAGGUCGCUACCUUCUACACCAUGUACAACCGCGAACCCGUCGGCAAAUACUUCUUGCAGUUGUGCACAACCACACCAUGCCAGUUGUGCGGAUCAACAGAAAUUUUGAAGACGAUCGAGAAGGACUUGGGCAUCAAGGUCGGAGAGACCACCAAGGACGGAAAGUUCACCCUGGUCGAGGUCGAGUGCGCCGGAGCCUGUGUGAACGCCCCCGUCCUGGCCGUGAACGACGACUACUAUGAGGACUUGACCUCCGAGGCCACCAUCAAGGUCCUCGCCUCUCUCAAGAACGGAAAGCCACUUAAGGCUGGUCCCCAGACUGGUCGCCAUACUUGCGAACCCAAGGGUGGCCUCACCACCUUGACCUCUGAACCUACCGGCCCUGGCUUCAUGAUCCGCCCUGACCUGUAA